GCUGGAGGCUGGAGCGAGGCGGAAGGCGAUGCUGGGGGGGGACACGGGGCACUUUUGGGGGGCUGCAGGAGGCGAUGCAGGCGGGGAUGCAUCUUUCCAGAGGCGGAAGAGUUAACGCUCCCCGCAGCUCCCCGCUCCGAGCUGGGCUUUCCUUCCAGCUGCUUCGGAUCAGGAAGUACCUGCAGAUGAAGUGGCCGCUGCUGGAUGUGCCGGCCGGCGCCACGCUCAAGGACAGCCGCUCGCCGUCGCCCGCACACUUGUCCAACAAGGUCCCAGUGGUGCAGCACGCCCACCACAUGCACCCGCUGACGCCGCUCAUCACCUACAGCAACGACCACUUCUCGCCGGGCUCGCCGCCCGGCCACCUCUCGCCCGAGAUCGACCCAAAGACGGGAAUCCCGCGGCCGCCCCACCCACCCGAGCUGCCCCCCUAUUACCCGCUGUCGCCGGGAGCCGUGGGCCAGAUCCCGCACCCGCUGGGCUGGCUCGUGCCGCAGCAGGGACAGCCCGUGUACUCCAUCCCUCCCGGCGGCUUUCGGCACCCCUACCCAGCCCUCGCCAUGAACGCCUCCAUGUCCAGCCUGAUGUCCAGCCGCUUCUCCCCGCACAUGGUCCCGCCGCCCGCCCACGGGCUGCACCCCUCGGGCAUCCCGCACCCCACCAUCGUCUCGCCCAUCGUGAAGCAGGAACCCGCCCAGCCCAGCGCCAGCCCCGGCGGCAGCUCGAAAUCUCCCGUCACUGUGAAGAAGGAGGAGGAGAAGAAGCCCCACAUCAAGAAGCCGCUCAACGCGUUCAUGUUGUACAUGAAGGAGAUGAGGGCCAAGGUGGUGGCCGAGUGCACGCUGAAGGAGAGCGCGGCCAUCAACCAGAUCCUGGGCAGACGGUGGCACUCGCUGUCUCGGGAGGAGCAGGCGAAGUACUACGAGCUGGCGCGGAAGGAGCGGCAGCUGCACUCGCAGCUCUACCCGACGUGGUCCGCGCGGGACAACUACGGCAAGAAAAAGAAGAGGAAGCGAGAAAAGCUGGCCCAGCAGCAAAGCCACGACGCGGAGAGCGCGCUGGCCUCCAAGAGCAAGAAGCCGUGCGUGCAGUACCUGCCGGCCGAGAAGCCCUGCGACAGCCCCGCUUCGUCCCACGGCAGCAUGCUGGAUUCGCCCGCCACGCCGUCGGCCGCCCUGGCCUCCCCGGCCGCCCCGGCUGCCACCCACUCGGAACAGGCUCAGCCGCUCUCGCUCACCACCAAGCCGGAGGCCAGGGCUCAGCUCGCCUUCCUCUCGGGCAAAGCCGCCUCCUCCUCCUCCUCCUCUUCCUCCUCCUCCUCCUCCUCGAGCCUCGGCAGCCCGCCCUCGCUCCUCUCCAGACCCAUCCCCUUCACCUCGGUGCCCUCCACGGCUCUCCUCUCCUCGCCUCCGUCCUUCGCGCCGUCCCCGCAGGCUGCCCUGGCCGUGCUGCAGACGCAGCCCCUCUCCCUGGUCACCAAACCGGCUGACUAAGGGGGGGCUCGCCCCCCGCCCGGCCCAUCCGCCCCCUCCCUGCUGUACGUUGCAGAAGCCACAAUCAAGAUUCAAAUGCAGCCAAACCAUUAUUGGUCAAUAUUUGACCCUUUGCUGAACUCUUUUUUUUUUUUUGUAAGCAGACUCUGGAGGAAGGUGCUUUUCUGCUCAGAGCUGCUGCCGGCAGUCGACCUAAAGACCGUUUUUAUUAAAAAAAAAGGAAAAAAAAUGAAAAAAAAAAAAGUUUUUUUUUUUUAAAAAAAAAGACCCAGCUCAAGGUGCCGACGAUGGAAAUACGCCGAGUGCGGCGCUCGGUCCCGGGGGCAGAAGCGAAAUGCCGGGCACCGACCCGGUGCCUCCGGCUGCUCCCAGCCCUCCCGUCCUGCAGCUCCUGCCCCGCUCCGUCCCGCGGUGGUGCUGGGGUGGGCAGGAUCCGGGGCCGAGCUCCCCGUGUGUGUGUGCGGGGGGGGUUCCCCUUGAAUCCCUGUUGUUUUUCACAAAAGGAAAUAAAACUACAGCUG